GGAGCUGAGCCGAGAGAGCAGGACCACUAUUCUCUGGCUUGCUUCCAAUAUCAGCAGCUGCUAAUGAGACGCGCAAGCUGUUCUUCAUUUUCACACCGACGCAAUCCGGCAAAUCAAGCAAGGAUCUCGUAAUCUGGCUCAAUGGAGGACCUGGAUGCUCCUCUCUCGAGGGAUGGCUUCAGGAGAAUGGCCCUGCUACCUUUGGCUUCGGUCAGGCGGCGCCGACCCUCAGGACGAGUGGCAAUUGGGCACAACACGCGCACAUGCUUCACGUCGAGCAAAUGGUUGGCUCUGGCUUCUCUCAGGGCCCUGUCACUGUGACCAACGACGACGAGCUGGCAGUGAUGUUCAUCGGCUUCAUGCAGCAGUUCCUUCUCCUCUUUCCUGAGAUGAAUGGCUUUAGCUUGUACAUGACCGGCGAAAGCUAUGCUGGCUAUCACGCUAGCUAUAUCAGCAAGAACAUUGUGCAGCAGCCUGCAGCACUCAAUCUCACUUUCCGAGGUCUCAUGCUCUUUGAUCCCAGUCUUCACUACGACAUCAUCCAAGAACAAGCACCGGCCUUGCCGUUUGCACGCUAUUGGCAGGACAUCAUGCGUCUGAACGACACGACGCUUGCUACGCUUCAGACGCAAAGCGAUCGAUGUGGUUAUACGAACUUCUUCGAUCAGCUCACCUAUCCGCCCAGCAAAGCUCUGACCUUUCCAAACGGCCGUACUACAGCGACUGAAGACUGCGAUAUCUUCAGCGCUAUCAUCAACGCCGCGCUCGUCAUCAACCCCGCCUUCAAUAUUUACGACAUAUUGGACAUUUCGGUCUUGUCCGACCCGCUCGGGCUGCCCGGCACCUUCCCCAGUCAGCAAUUUCCCUUUAGCGCCUACUUCAAUAUAGAAGCGGUCAAGCAAGUGCUCCAUGCACCCAACAUCACUUGGGAGACUUGUGCUUCCGGUAAAGUAUAUGCAACACCCUCUGGCUACGGCACGAAUGCUCCCUCGACUUUUGAAGCCCUGCCCAUCGUGCUCAAUGCUGGCAAGCGAGUCAUCAUCGGGCACGGUGCGCUUGAUUAUGUGCUCAUGCAGAAUGGCACUCGAUUCGCCAUUCAGAACAUGACAUGGCAGAACAGGCAAGGAUUCCAACAGCCAAUCGGCUCGGGAUUGUUUUAUACAGGCGCACAAGGCAGUGUUGGCAAUGUACAUGAAGAGAGAGGCUUGACUUAUGUCGAGCCUUACCUCAGUGGGCAUAUGGUGCCGCAAUUCCAGCCGUUAGUGGCGGUCAAGAUGCUCACUUAUCUUCUCGGUCAGAUUGACACCAUUGUUGGAAAGUAGUCGCAGAGUAUCCGGGUAUAUUUGUAUUGGAUGCUAUGAAGAUGUGCCAUUGC